AUGCUUUGGGUCGAGGUUUAUGAUUGCUCAAGUGAAGCAAGAAAGCCCCGCCAGCUUCAACGCGAAAAAGAGAAGCCAUUUUGCCCACUAUCCGACCUUAACGGCGCCGACAGUAUCAUUCGUGUUGGAAGCAACGGUAACGUUUCGACAGUGUGGUCGGGGGUGUUGAACGCAUACAGCGCCGCACUCGCCGUGCUUUGCAAAGUAUGGUACCGGCAAAGCGACGACAAGCGAGCCCGGGUAAUAGACUCUUUUCGAGACUACUAG